AUGAUCUCCCUCCGAUCUCGUCAAUCGUCAUGUGCAGUGCGGAUCUUAAAGUUCCUCCGAUGCACUCAUUCCCUGCCGAGACACCAGGCGACACCGAUCGAGUGGUUACCCCUUCCUCGAUCACUGUCACCUCGCAAGGCUCUGAUGCUCCUUUCGCUACCUAUACCCCCUAAAAACUGGCCAUCGCAUCUGGAAUUGGCUUCUCCGCUGCUGGCUACUGUCUCGGCUCAUCUGAAAACAAAGGGUAUCGCUGUGAAUGCUGUCUACGAUGGGAAAGGCGUGGAAGCUGCGUUCCCCAAGGACGAGGAAUAUCCCGCGAGGAUACUUUGGCCAGAUGGUCGCUCUAUAGCUUACGACAAGUUCAAUAUGGAAAGUAUAGCUUCGGAUGAGAUACUGAGGGACUUGGAAUACACUUCGAGAAGUGUGGAACAGAAUAUUGAAGGUGUCAGAGAGAUCUUGGUAUGUACGCAUGGAUCAAGAGAUUGUAGGUGUUCAGACAGAGGUGGACCUUUGGUAGAAGCGCUCAGAGAGGAAGUGGAAAGAAGAGGCGUAGGCGACAAGGUCAAGAUUGGAGAGAUCGCACAUGUUGGCGGGCACAAAUACGCUGCCAACGCUAUCACUCUGCCCUCACUCGACAUGCUGUCCAAUCUCACGCUCGAACACGCCCCUGCGCUCAUCUCACAUGUACUCUUGCCAACCAAGUCAAAGAUGUGGGCGCAUUGGAGGGGGAGAUAUGGGCUGACAGAGGGACAGCAGGCUGAAGUAUGGAACAGGUUCAACUUGUACAAAGGUAGAUCGACAGCAGCGGUUGAUGACGCAGAACAAGUCGAGCUGAGGUUCAAAACGUUUGAAGGAGAAGAAAAGGUCGUCAAAGCUGGACUAGGUAGUAAUCUGUUGGAGGUGGGUAAAGAGAAUGAUCUACCGUCUUUGGAGGGUGUCUGUGGUGGGAAUCUAGAAUGCGCAACAUGUCACUUGUAUCUCCCUCCUGUGCCAACACCGUCGCCAACAGGAGAGGCCUCCGACGAGGAGUUUGAUAUGCUGGGAUAUGCCUUGGGAUAUAAAGACGGCGAAAGUAGAUUAGGAUGUCAGGUGAAAGUGACCAAAGAAUUGGCAGAGUGGUGCAACGCAGGUGGUGUUAUUGGAUUACCUAGGUUUUAG